AUGAAAUCUCUACACAUCAUCUGCCUUCUUUUCAUUUUCGUAGCCAGAGGAAACUCUCGCUCAUGUGACUUUUGUCACAACAUAGGAGCAGAUUGCGAAGGUUUCCAACAUGAAUGUUCCUCUCCAGAAGAUGAAUGUGGCAAGGUCUUUCUGGAGCUUUCGUCAGCAUCGCUGUCAGUCCGAACUGUGCACAAAAACUGUUUCUCAUCCAGCGUCUGCAAACUUAGGCACUUUGAUGUAAAUAUUGGGCAUGACUCAUAUGUAAGAGGAAGAAUCAAUUGCUGUGAGAAAGAACCGUGUGAAGACCAAUCGUUUCCGGGACUGCCCCUCUCCCAACCAAAUGGAUACUAUUGCCCUGGCUCACUUGGCCUUUUUACGAAGGACAGCACUGAAUUUGAAGCUAUUUGCAAAGGAACCGAGACUAAGUGCAUUAACAUCGUGGGACACAGAUAUGAACAUUAUCCUGGAGACAUCGCUUAUAAUCUCAAAGGUUGCGUUUCUUCCUGUCCUCUGUUGAGUUUGAGCAAUGCAACCCAUGAAGAAAACAGAAAUUAUCUGGAGAAAGUUGAAUGUAAGGACGCCCUCCAAGUUGAAAAACAAUAA